CCCCGAUGGCGUCGCGGUGGCGCUGGUCCUCGGGCUGGCAGCUAUCGUGGCCAAGCUGGGAGCUGGGUGUUUCAGCCUGAAGCGGAGGUACCACGCGUGUUUUUCCUGCAGUCACUGGGAGUGGGCGAGCCGUGGGCACGAGGCUUGCUCCAAGUGCGGGGGCUACUACCUCGAGUCCAAUAUCGGUGGAGGGGGAGGCCAUGAAGGCGCCCCUGUGCGAGCUGCUGAUGCUGGGCAGCCCGAUGCGCAGCUGCGCGCCGCAGCCGCCACUCUCCUGGCAGCGCGGCCUGACCUCCGCGAGUCCUUGGGCGACUUGGCGGAGGAGCCAGCGCCCCCCGCGGCUGUCCUCACGCCCGCCCAGCUCGACACCGCGGCGAACACCGAGCGGACCCGUUUGGCACGCGUGGUCGAGGAUGCAGCUCGGCAAGUGCGACUCACGUGCCAGGAAGUGGAACAGAAGAGAAGCAAGGCUCAACGUGUACGGGAGCAACUCGAUGAGGCGACGGACGCCUUUCAUGCUGCGGAGGAGGAGCAUGACGCUGCUCAGAAGGCUCGCCGCGAUGCAGACGCCGAGCUGCAGGCCUUCGACCCCGAAGCCUGGAAGGCGGCGAAGGCUGCCGAGGCGCGCGCGGAGGCGGCGCGCCAGGCCCAGCGGGCUGCGCCCCCCGCUGGCGCCCCUGCUGCGCCGCGGGCGGGCCCGCCCUGGCGGGGCGGGGCGCGCUGUGGCGCGGCGCGCGGCGGCGAGGCUGCUGGAGGUGCUGGUGGUGGCGACCCUGCUCAUGCUGGUGCGCCUGCUGGCGGUGAAGGAGGUGCGGACGCUCCAGCGCAGGAGCCCAUGCAGGUUGACCUCCCCGAUUUCUCGCAGAUGUCGGCAGCCGAGCAGAAUGAGUGGGCCAGCCAGCAGCGGUUGCCCAAGGGCCUUUGGGAGGCGUUCGUGGCCAUGCGGACCACCAUUCUUCGCGCUGAUGACGAUGCUGCUAGCGACGCAGGCAGCGACGCCAGCUUCGGCGAUGCAGGCGGAGCUGGAGAUGAAGAGUUGCGCGGGUUGCGCAAGCGCGGUCAGGAGCAAGUCCUUUCCCCCGAGGAGCAGGAGCGCAUGGAGAGCCUCAUCCGUGAUCGCGUUCGAGCUCGCACCUCCAAGCGCCUGCGGACCACGAAGGAGCAGAUCCAUUGCCAGUUCACCGAGCUGCUCAAGCAG